AUGAACAGGACCUUUCUCUUUCUAAUUGGUACAGCUUUGCUGCUCAAGGGCACGAGUGCAAAGCCAUACAAUACUUGGAAACAGGAGUUCCCUCCUAAACACCAUGAAAGUAAACUACACCCAGAACAAGAGGUGAUAAAAGCUGUAUUCAAUGAGAAGUCAUCUCUUGGGUUGAGGGAGACUGAACCACCAGAAGAUAAGUUAACAUAUGAUACUGACCCAGUCAUUAAGAGUGCAGUUAAACACCCAAGUCAGCAAAAAUACCAGCAAGCAGAAGAGGACAAUGAUGCACUAAAUCAUCACUUUGAUGCUGUUCAGCAGGGCUUCCAAGUCCCAGCCAUACUUGAGAACAAGCCUGAGGAACAAAAUGUUCCCAAAGAAUUUGGAGGCUUGUAUGCAGAGGAAAUGAAGGGGCCUGAGGAAGACAGGGAUCAUCUAUACCACGCCUCGUUUGAUGCUUCUAAUGCUGAGAACUAUCCCGCAAGGAUGGUACAGCCAGGUUAUGAAAUUAUGGAAGGGCCAGAGGAAGACCGGGAUCAUAUUUAUCAUCCCUUUUAAAAUAAGACAAAUCAACUGAGCUAUGCACAGAAUUACAGGUAUUACUGAAUCAUGCCACACUGGCUGGUUUACACAACCUUUCAAAAAGUGCAACUAAUUCUUUCUUAUUGUUUACUGAGAACAUGUACACUAUACACCUUGAAUCUAAUCAUUCUGGGACAUAUAUAACUAGUACUGUAAUUGGAACUGAUUGUCAGUGUAUGACAAAUUGGAUUAAAUAUACAUAUAUUUCAUUCCCAUUGUUUUAAUUAGGUAUUGUCAUGUUUUCCUUGUAAUCAAACCAAAGUAUACAAAAUAAAGUAUAUUAAAAACUCACAACAAUUCAUACUUAAAAAUGUAUGUUCCAGUUUAAAUGCUUUCCUGUAAAAACACAUUUAUUUAGCUGUUAACAGUGGACUAAACACCAAGUGGUUUGAGGGAUGUUUAAAUUCUUUACAAUCAAAUCCUUGAGUUUUAAGUCAUCUGGUUUUUAUGAAAUGGCUUCGUGGUCAG